AUGGCGCGGCUCCUGCGCCUGCACUCAUCCCCCCCGGGGCCCAACGCCGCCGGACGGAAGCGGCCCCUCGACCCUCGGCCCCAAAACCUGGGGGUUCCCGACGCUGUCUGUGCGGAGCCGGCGCGGGGGGACGCAGCUGUCCGGGGGCUGCGGAGCGCACGAGGCGGGCGGAUGCGCCGUGUUGGACGCGUGCGGUCCCGGCGCUGCGGUGCAGAGCCCCGCGGGGAUCCCGGUGCCACCGACUGCAGCGCGGACGGCGACAGCCGGGCCCCGACCCGGCACCGCCACGAAGUCCCCUCCGCCCUUCGCACCGACCCCAGCCCAGCGGGACGCGGCCGGGAGCAGCGGCUGCCACCCCGCCGUCCCUCGCCACAAAGCUCCGGGGGCUGCGCGGCUCCUUCCCGAUCGCGGCUCGGCUGCGAGGACCCCGAGCUGCUCUGCCCCGUGACGGCGUCCCACCGCGGGCGGCCCCGUGCCUCAGUUUCCCCAUCGCUUCCCGCAGCUCACGGGCAGGAGACCCCCGAGAUGGGGCCGGGGAACACCGCGGACACCGUGGACGGGAUCUCUCCCCCAGCACCGUCCCGGUCACGCUGCUCACGCUGCGGCCUGCACUUAUCGCUCCGCGUGGGCUUCGCGGCCGCGGGUGCGGGGCGGCUGCGCGGGGCCGCGCGGUUGGAGCUGCGCUGUGUGCGGGCCGGGAGCAGGGAGGUGGUGCUGGACGCGCACCCCGCGCUGUCCGUGCUCGGAGCGCGGCUGCUGCCGCCCGGCGGGGCCGGGCCCGGAGAAGGGGAAGGGGAAGGGGAAGGGCGGGAGCUGCGCUUCGAGAGCCGCCCGUUCGCCAGCUAUGGCACCGCGCUGCACCUCGCGCUGCCCGAAGAGCCGCGGCCCGGGGAGCUGCUGGCCGUGCGGAUCGACUACGAGACGGGAGAGGGGCCCGGGGUGUCCUGGCUGGACUCCUCCCAAACGGCCCAGAAGGAGAAGCCUUUCCUCUAUACCUCUGGCUUCCCUGUGCUCAACAGGUCCUUCUUCCCCGGCUUCCACACCCCCGCCAUGAAGAGCACCUACUCGGCACAGCUCCAGGUCCCCGAGGGUUUCACGGCCGUGAUGAGCGCCACAACCUGGGAGAAGCAGAAAGAGAACACCUUCUUCUUCAAGAUGGAGCACCCCAUCCCCUCGUACCUGAUUGCCCUGGCUGUCGGGGACAUUGUGUCUGCUGAGGUUGGCCCAAGGAGCCGAGUCUGGGCCGAGCCCUGCCUGAUCGAGGCUGCCAAGAAGGAGUACGAUGGGGUGAUCGAGGAGUUCCUGGCUGUAGGCGAGAAGCUCUUCGGGCCCUAUGUUUGGGGCAGGUACGACGUGCUGUUCAUGCCGCCCUCCUUCCCCUUCGGCGGGAUGGAGAACCCCUGCAUCACCUUCGUGACGCCCUGCCUGCUGGCCGGGGACCGCUCCCUGGUGGACGUCAUCAUCCAUGAGAUCUCCCACAGCUGGUUCGGCAACCUGGUCACCAACGCCACCUGGGGCGAGUUCUGGCUGAACGAGGGCUUCACCAUGUACGCCCAGAGGCGCAUUUCCACCGAGGUCUACGGUUCGGCGUACACCUGCCUGGAGGCCGCGACGGGCCGGGCCCUGCUGCGCCAGCACAUGGACACCACCGGGGAGGAGCACCCACUGAACAAACUGCGGGUGGUGAUCGAGCCAGGUGUCAACCCGGAUGACACGUACAACGAGACUCCCUACGAGAAGGGGUUCUGCUUCGUCAGCUACCUGGCACACCUGGUGGGGGACCAGGGCAAGUUCGACGCCUUCCUGCAGGCCUACGUGGAGCAGUUCAAGUUCCAGAGCAUCACUGCAGACGAUGCCCUCAAUUUCUUCCUGGAGUACUUCCCCGAUCUGAAGGAGCAAGGCGUGGAGUCGCGCCCAGGUCUGGAGUUCGAUCGCUGGCUGAACACGCCGGGCUGGCCGCCCUUCCUGCCCGACCUGUCCCCGGGGCAGCAGCUGAUGAAGCCGGCGGACGAACUGGCAGAGCUGUGGGCAGCUGACGGCUUGAACAUGGAGGAGAUCGAAGCCGUGGACAUCUCAGCCUGGAAGACGUACCAGCUGGUCUACUUCCUGGAUCGGAUCCUGCAGAAGUCGCCCCUGCCCGAGGGCAACGUGGAGAGGCUGAGCGCGAUGUACCCGAAGAUCUCCAAGGCCCAGAACGCGGAGCUGCGGCUGCGCUGGUGCCAGAUUGUCCUCAGGAACAACCACGAGGCCGAGUACGGCAAGGUGAAGGCCUUCCUGCACAGCCAGGGGAAGCAGAAGUACACGCUGCCGCUGUACCGCGCCAUGUGGGGCGGCUCCGAGGCCGCCCGCGCCUUGGCCAUGGAGACGUUCUCAGCCACAGCCCCACAGCUCCACGUCAACGUCCGCAACUACGUCAAGAAGAUCCUGGGCUUGGAGGGCACCGAGCGCGAGUGACUGCGCCCACAGCCCCGUCCCCACGCCCGCCUCCUUCGGCAGGCUGCCGAGCUCUCACUGCACACAUUUCCUUAUUAAACUCGGCCGUUUUUACCAU